AUGUCCGAUCAGGAGAUCGAUGACUAUGAUGGGGACAACUUCUCUGACUCUUCCCACACCAUCCAAACUCUCCCGCCUUACAACAUGGAGGACCAGCUCCUGCCCAUGGAGCGUCGUAGCACCUGUGGCUGUUGGGCGUGGACUUGCCUGGUGGUGGCAAUGAACUCUUUGGCUUUCCUCCUGAACUUCCUUCUGAUGGCCGCCAUCUUUUCAGUGGUCCUUUUGCCUGCCAUUGUCGUGGUCUACUUUGGAUUCCAGUGUCAUUCCCGGGUGCUCCACUCCACCGCCUACUACUGCCAGACCAUCCUGGAUGACAACAGCUCUUCGGCUUUGAUCAUCCUGGGCUUCGUCAUCAUGUCUCCCCUCAUCGUGGUCUCCAUGGCUCUCUACUGCAGCCUGGCCCGCCGCCUCCACCUCUUCCUCUGCUUCCAGCCAUGCGCCCGGGCCAUGUACAAAGGCGUGAAGUGGCGGUGGUAUGAAGAAGGGGGGCUCUGCGGGUGCGUGAAGGAAUGGAACCACCAAGUCAAGGCUUGGGUCUGA